CUCGCGGGACCCUGACGAGGAGCGGAAGCGAGGCGGCUGUGCUGCUUCAGCGACCGGGCGGCGGCGGCGGCGGCGAAGAUUGUGGCGGUGACAGCAGCGGGAACAGGCGCUGCCUUCGGGGAGCAGCGGCGGGGUCGGCGGCCACUCGCACCGCUGUGAGGGGCCGGCCGGGAGUGGAGCGGAGCAGCUGCGCCACGGUGGCAUUGUGUGUCCCGGAGCGCCGGAGCCGGUCCCAGAAGAGAGGCAAGGCUGAGCCCAGAGCGCUGGGUUGCUUCAGCAGGGAAGACUCCCUUCCCCCUGCUUCGGGCUGCUGAGCUCUGAGCAGUGCUCAGAAUGGAAGCCAUCGCCAAAUAUGACUUCAAAGCCACUGCAGACGACGAGCUGAGCUUCAAAAGGGGGGACAUCCUCAAGGUUUUGAAUGAAGAAUGUGAUCAGAACUGGUACAAGGCAGAACUCAAUGGGAAAGAUGGCUUCAUUCCCAAGAAUUACAUAGAAAUGAAACCGCAUCCGUGGUUUUUUGGCAAAAUCCCCAGAGCCAAGGCAGAAGAAAUGCUCAGCAAACAGCGGCAUGACGGGGCCUUCCUCAUCCGAGAGAGUGAGAGUGCUCCCGGGGACUUCUCCCUGUCCGUCAAGUUUGGAAACGACGUGCAGCACUUCAAGGUGCUCCGAGACGGAGCCGGAAAGUACUUCCUCUGGGUGGUGAAGUUCAAUUCUUUGAAUGAGCUCGUAGAUUACCACAGAUCUACAUCCGUCUCCAGAAACCAGCAGAUAUUUCUCCGGGACAUAGAACAGGUGCCACAGCAACCGACGUACGUCCAGGCCCUCUUUGACUUUGACCCCCAGGAGGAUGGAGAGCUGGGGUUCCGUCGGGGAGACUUUAUCCACGUCAUGGAUAACUCAGACCCCAACUGGUGGAAAGGGGCUUGCCACGGGCAGACCGGCAUGUUCCCCCGCAAUUACGUCACCCCCGUGAACCGGAACGUCUAAGGAUCAAGAGGAGAUUAUUUAAAGAAAGCGAAAAGUUUAAAGCCUAUACGAAGAAUUAACCCACAAGCUGCCUCUGACAGCAGCCUGUGCGGGGGCUCGGAACACCCGGCGGUCCACCUGGUGACCCUCUCACUUCGGUUGGAACUUGGGGGGUGGGAGGGGAGUUGGAUAUAACAAUGCCAAAACUUACCUAUAAAUUAAGAAGAAGAGUUUUUAUUACAGAUUUUCACCGCUGCUCCUAUUUCUCCUUUGUCCUUUUUUUCAUCUCUUUUUCUCUUCUGUCCAUCAGUGCAUGACAUUUAACGAACGCCACAUAUAGUCCUAGCUGAUGCCUAUAAUAAAAGAAAAGAAACCAAGUGGGCUGGUAUCUUCUCUAUGCAAAAUGUCUAACUGAGUCGGAGUGACCACCAGAACAGCCACUGCGGGGCUCUCCAUGUACACGCACACGUGGGGGGAGCCUCGCUCUGCGGCUGCCGGGGGUGGGGCGGCACGCAGGGAGCGACCUCCAGCCCCCACCUGUGUACUUUGUCAGAGCUGGACGUAGGGUCGGGGCGAGAGGAAGGAGCGUUGCCCCUCUUGGCUUCCUGAGAAAGGUCAGCUGCAAACCUGUGUCUCUCCCCUCCACACUGUGUUCCCUUCCGAGUGGUGUUACUGAGCAUGCUGUUUGUUCCUGGUGCCUUCUUCCUUAUUUCAAGGGUUGCUUCAUGAGUGGUGUUCUUCAUUUGUUUUGUUUUGCAGUGAGUUAAAGGCAGUCCAGAGCUUUUCAGCCAGAUUGUCCCCUGCUCUGUGUAAAUAUUUCUCCCUCGGCAGGGAGGGGAGAACGGGGGAGUGAGGAAGAGGCGAGUGGAAGAGGGUGUGGGCCUCCUGCCCGUCCCAAGCCAGGAGUGGUUGGGGGUCGGCUUGGACGUUCACCAGCCCCCCGCCAAGUCAGAGGGGGCAGAAGCCCAGUGUCUGGAGUUGCUGCCCCAGGGAGCGGCGUGAGCUGCUGCUGGGGCGGGAGGACAGGCCGCGGCUCCGCCCACACUGGACUGGGUCUGGCGGGGGUGCAGUCCGCAUCCUGGACGUGCCAUCUCAGGUGGUGUCUGCCCCACCUCUUCUGAAUCCCUCUGCCCCGGAGACCCCCGAUGCAAGUCCCCGGAGCCAGCGAGUGUCAGGCGCAGGAGGGCCCAGGGGGUUCAAACCGCCGCUCCCUCAGUAUCAGGAUGCACCCUGUUCCCGCGCUGGGGCGGGAAACGAGUGUUCAUUUUUCUUGCUCUGGAAACCAGGGGCGUCUGUUCAUGCCUUUUACCUUUGUGUCCCCACGUGACCUGCCCAGGUGAGCCUUAGGGCGGCGUUCAGGAAGCAGCCGGGCGGUUCCCGUGUCUCCAUUCACAGCGGGCUGCGUUCGUAGCUGUUGCACGCCAGCCCCCCGGAGGGAAGCGUCUCCGUGAAGCAGGAGCAGCGGGAAGGGGAGAGUGGAACUAUGGGAAGGCCGCGGCCACCGCGGAGCUCGCCCUACACCUGCCGUCGGCGUCGCGCCCCUCGGAGUGGUGUGCCUGUGAGCGUCCUCCGCCCGGUCCCCUUCCCCCAACGAAACUGGGACCGUUGUCGGCGGCAGCCUGGUGGGGUUCAGAAGUGGCCACUGGCGUUUCCCCAGACUCUGGUUCUGGUCCUGGAGCCGGACUCGGCCCGGUGCGCUCAGAGACCCGGGAGGGGCCGCGCUUCUGGACAGUCUUCGGCCUUCCCACGCUCCCUCCGACGGCGUCUCCUUGCCUCGCUCACUGCUGACGGGAGGAACCUGGCUGUCCGCGCCUGGACGUCUGACUGUCUUGUUUUGGAACUGGUGUAUAUCGUGCGGCCUUGCUGAACUAAGUUGUAUGUGUAUAUAUUUAAACAAAUCAGUGUUUAAAUAAAAAGAUUUAUGUACUUAAUCCUUUAACCCCGCGGACAGAAUUCGGUAGGUAGUGAUUAACCGUGAGUAAUAAACACACAAUGGCUUCUUC